UGAUCGGUUAGUCCGGUUGAACCGGGUCGUCUCGGUUUUGUCCGGGUUUGUGUGUUAGAUUAAACCGGUCGGACCGGUACAUAUUGUGGCCGAAGUUUGAAUACUUGCAACCAAACGCGCCCUUCAGUACUACUCUUUCCCGCCAGCCAUUGAACUCAUUUCCCGCCGUCAUCUGCAUCCUAUACACCAUUAAAUAGUAUAUGCCACAACUCAAAUUCAGUAUUACCCAAACUGAAUUCUGAAAUUCUGAAAAACAAAUUCUGAAAUUCUUCAAUUGAUUCAUUUCUGCAGAUCCUCACUGUAACCACAUACAGAGAUGCCGACCGUCGCCGGACGCCGCUCAUCUAGGGCUGCAGAUUCAACGGCUCAGAUUGGAAGUGCCGCCGCCACUCCUGUAAAAUACAAAUUCAGAUCCGAUUCAAAUGAUUUAAUUGGAUCGCCGAUGCGUAAAUCUCCUCGACUGUGCACCCACGCCUCUCCCAAUAGUUCCCUGAAAGAUAAUGUAAUCGAGAAAUGCCCGAAACCCUCGAUAAAUUUGUUGAGUCGAUUUCCACAAGAAGAAAAACCAUCUGAUAAUUUUGUGAAAAGGCCGACUUGGGAUCCAAGUGAUGUGGAGCAGUUGAGAACAGUUAAGGAAGCGAUACAUGUAUCAACGGCACCAAAGACUGUCGUAUGCCGCGAACACGAGCAGAAUAUGAUAUUCGAAUUUUGCAAGAAUUCGAUCAAGCAAGAGAAGGCCGGGAGUUUGUAUGUGUGUGGGUGUCCAGGUACUGGAAAAUCAUUGUCAAUGGAAAAAGUAAAAGAUAUUCUCGUAAAUUGGGCCAAUGAGGAAGGUGUACAGCUUCCAGAUAUGUUAUCCUUCAACUGUACUUCUCUUACAAACACGAGCGAGAUUUUCAGCAAGAUUCUUGGACAAUAUAAUCCACCGAAGAAGCAGAAUCGUUCUUCUACGUCAUCAUUGGAGCUUCUUCGUAACCUUUAUUCUCAGAAGCAGCCACCUGGCACGAGGAUGCUGUUAGUUGUCGCUGAUGAGUUGGAUUAUUUGAUCACUAGAGAUCGAGCGGUGCUUCAUGAUCUUUUCAUGCUAACAACUUUGCCAUUCUCCAAGUGUAUUUUGCUUGGGGUCGCCAAUGCUAUUGACUUAGCUGAUAGGUUUAUUCCGAAACUCGAAUCUUUGAAUUGCAAACCUAUGGUCAUAACAUUUCGUGCUUACUCCAAGGAUCAAAUCGUUGCUAUUCUUCAAGAAAGACUGAGUGCACUUCCCUGUACUGUCUUCCAGCCUCAAGCAGUGGAACUCUGUGCAAGGAGAGUUGCUGCUGCAUCUGGAGAUAUGAGAAAGGCUCUUUCUGUUUGCAGGAGUGCAAUCGAAAUGCUAGAGGCUGAGAGGAAAGAUCUUAUGAGUGACUCUACGUUAUCGCCAUUAGACAUGAAUGGAGAUCAACAAAACCCUGCUCCCCUUGAUAUAACGACUAAUAACAUGGUGAGAAUAGAUCAUGUUGCAGCAGCUUUAUCAAGGACCUACAAAUCGUCAGUCGUCGACACUAUUCAAUCUCUGCCCCAACAUCAGCAGAUCAUACUUUGUUCUGCUGUGAAGCUUUUCCGAGGGGGAAAGAAGGAUACAACCAUCGGCGAGUUGAACAAAAGUUACACGGAUGUAUGUAAAUCGGCUUCAAUCCCUCCAGUUGUUAUCUCCGAACUGUUAAGUAUGUGUCAGGUGCUAGAUGACCAGGGAAUUCUUAAACUAGGACAAGCACGAGAUGAUAAACUAAAAAGAGUAACGCUAAAGAUAGAUGGAGCAGACAUUGUUUUUGCACUGCAGGGAGUUCGUUUCUUCCGAAACUGUCUGGAAUGAUUUUCCGUAAGAAGAAGAAUCAUGAUUCUUAUCUGGUUAAUUCUCCGCUACAAACCAAAGUGAAAAGAGACCACAUGGAAUACUUACAAUGUUCGAGUCUGUGGUCGACAAAACAGUCAAUACUUCUCUCUUGUAGUCAUCUCAAUAGUAGAGCCGAGCCAGAUGCUGUGGAUAAUCGGACAAUAAGCUCUUGCAGGAGAAUGAAUAUGUCAACUUUCUGGCAGUGGAAUACAAAAAGAAAAGGCAAACUGUAUAGUUUUUCUGUCUUUAAACGGGUUGCCAUUUUUAUAAACGAUUAUCCGACAUUAUAAUUUGUUUAAUUAUUUGA